AUGAACAUGACCGAUGCAACAUGGGCAAACAAUGCCAGGGACCCAGAUGGGGAUGGAAAAUCGCCUUGUCUUGCUGGCACUGCUGCUGUCAUCUAUUACUGCAUCCUGCUGUGUGUGGGUCUACCAGUGAACAUUUUGGCUGCCAUUGCGCUCACCCGCCUGGCUGCCCGCACCAAGAAAUCCUCCUAUUGGUACCUCCUGGCCCUCACGGGAUCCGACAUUAUGACCCAGGUCUUUGUCGUCUUCGCGGGCUUCAUUGUGCAGGCGGCCAUCUUGGGCCGCGAGGUUCCGGGCGCCUUUACCCUCACCAUCAACGUGCUGCAGUUCACAGCCAAUCAUGCCUCCAUCUGGGUGACUGUCCUGCUCACUGUGGACCGUUACGUGGCCCUCUGCCACCCACUGCAGUACAGGGCUGUGUCUUACCCAGGGCGCACCCGGAAGAUCAUUGGCGCCGUUUUUGCAGUAUCGUUGGCCACCGGGAUCCCCUUCUACGGGUGGCUGGAUGUUUGGCAUGAUGCCUACCCACCCACCACCAUGGACAAGGUCCUGAAAUGGCUCCACUGCUUCCUCAUCUACUUCAUCCCCUGUAGUAUUUUCCUGGUGACGAAUUCUGUGAUCAUCUACAAGCUCAAGCACUCAGGCUGGCCCCACCGGCGCCUCAGCAAGACCACAGCCAUUCUGCUGGCCGUCACCACCGUCUUCAUCAUCCUCUGGGCUCCACGGACCGUUGUCAUGAUCUACCACCUCUAUGUGGCCUCCGUCAGACAGAACUGGGAAGUCCACCUCGCAAUGGACGUUGCCAACAUGGUGGCCAUGCUCAACACCUCCCUCAACUUCUUCCUCUACUGCUUUGUCAGCAAGACUUUCCGGCGCACUGUCUAGGAGGUGCUGGCGUCUAUCCAGCUCCCAUGCACCCAA